GGGACCUCACUCACGAUCUUCACCAGUUUGCUUCACAACCACCAAAAAAAUGAGAAUUCAAUCAGUUACCUGGUUUUUCUCAAUCAUCAACACACUCACAAUCUUCUACUUUAUCAUCACCCCAGUACACAGCCAAUGCCUGGAGGAUCAAAAAUCUUUGUUACUUCAAUUGAAGAACGGCCUCCAGUUCGAUCCAGAUUCCUCAGCCAAGUUGGUGAAUUGGACUCAAAGCAACGAUUGUUGUCAAUGGAAUGGUGUGACCUGUGACCAUUUCGGUCGUGUUAUAGGUCUCGACCUGAACACGGAAUCAAUCUUCGGAGGAUUAAACCACUCAAGUAGUCUUUUCGGGCUAAAGUUUCUACAGGAGCUGAACUUAGCUUACAACAGCUUCAACUCCGCACAAUUUCCAUCCAGGUUUGGAAUCCUCACCAAUCUAAGACAUCUGAAUUUGUCAAACACUGAUUUUUUUGGGCAGAUUCCAAUGGAAUUCUCGCUCUUGACGAGGUUGGUGAAGCUUGAUUUGUCCAAGGACUACUAUUUUGAUGGGAUACCUAGAAUCCAAAUUGAAAACCCAAAUUUAGUCACACUUUUUCGUAACCUAAGUGGGCUUACGGAGCUUUAUUUGGACGGGGUAAAUAUAUCAGCAAAUGGGCAUGAAUGGGGUCAGGCCAUUUCAUCUUCACUGCCUAACCUGCGAGUUUUGAGUUUGAGUGGUUGUUUACUUUCAGGCCCUAUUGAUUCUUCCCUUCAAAACCUUCAGUAUCUUUCAGAAAUCAAUCUAGCUCAGAACAAUUUCUCGUCUCCAGUCCCGGAUUUCUUGGGGAAUUUCCCAAACUUGGCAGUUUUGAUUCUCAGUGGUUCGGAAUUGCAUGGAACAUUUCCAAACAACAUAUUUCAGCGGGUACAAACACUGGAGACUCUGGAUUUGUCAGGCAAUGCACUACUCAAUGGUUCUUUACCUGAUUUUCCGGAAAAAGGGUCCCUUCGAAAUCUGGUUCUUAGCCUCACCAAUUUUUCAGGGAAUUUACCAGAAUCUAUUGGGAAUUUGAGGGAGCUAAGAAGGAUACAGAUUAACGGCUGUUAUUUCAGCGGACCGAUUCCGAGUUCACUUGCAAACCUAAGUCAACUUGUUCAAUUGGAUUUUUCAGCCAACAAUUUUAGCGGUUCAAUGCCUUCGUUUCAAGGAUUCAAGAAUCUCACUUCCAUAGACCUCUCUCGUAAUGCUCUAACAGGUCCGGUUCCUUCCAUUUACUUUGAAGGCCUUUCAAAUCUUGUAUCUGUUGCUCUCAUGAACAAUUCCUUUAAUGGGAGUAUCCCUUCUUCUCUGUUUUCCCUUCCAUCUAUGCAGCAAAUUUUGCUUUCCAGAAACCAAUUCAGUGAAGUUUCUGAGUUUCUUCCAAAAAAAUCCUUGUCUACUGUGGAUACACUAGAUUUGAGUAGUAACAAACUACAAGGGCCUAUUCCCUCGUACUUCUUUGAUUUUCAAAGUCUCAGUUACCUCACACUUUCUUUCAACAACUUCAGUGGCACCGUACAGCUAGAAAGUAUCCAUAGGCUUCAAAAUCUUACGUUACUUGAUCUUUCACAUAAUAGCUUGUUAGUCAAUGCAAGUAUCAGUAACUCUAGCCUAUCAUCCUUUCCCCAACUCCAAUAUUUAGGAUUGGCUUCUUGCAAGCUCCAAAAGUUCCCUCCUCUAAUGAACCAAUCAAUGUUGGGGUUUUUAGACCUUUCCAACAACCAAAUUUCUGGGGUAAUACCCAAUUGGAUUUGGAAUAUGGGUAAUGGAUCUCUAACGAAUGUUAAUCUUUCUUGUAAUCUCCUAGUGGGUUUGCAACGGGGAUACGUUAUUCCUCCUCUUCAAACCCUUGUCCUUCGUUCGAAUCAGCUCUGCGGUGAAAUCCCAAUACCGCCAGAUUCAACACGCUUUGUGGACUACUCAAGGAAUAAUUUCAGCUCUUCUAUUCCUGCUGAAAUUGGCAACGGCAUUGCCAACGCUAGGUUCUUCUCUCUUUCACAUAACAAGCUUUCUGGACCCAUCCCCCCAUCAAUAUGCAAUGGGAGCAACCUUGAUGUUCUUAAUUUGUCCAACAAUAGAUUCAGUGGCACUAUACCCCAAUGUCUGAUAGCCACAGGUGCUGCGACCAUUCGUGUACUAAAUUUGCGAAACAACAAUCUAACGGGUAACAUAACGGGGACAUUUCCAAAACAUUGUGCUUUGAGGACCCUUGAUUUGAGUGAAAAUCUCUUGGAAGGGCAUGUUCCAAAAUCCUUGGCCAAUUGUGCAAAUGCUGAGGUUUUAAAUCUUGGUAUCAACAACAUAUAUGGCACCUUCCCUUGCUUCUUGGCGAAUUUAUCCGACUUGCGCGUCUUAGUUUUACGAUCCAACAAGUUCCAGGGAAAUAUUAGCUGCCGAGGAAUUCAUAACAAUAUCUGGCCAGAGCUUCAAAUCAUUGACCUAGCUUUGAACAACUUCAGCGGUAUUCUGCCGCCAAGUUUCUUUUCACAGAGGAAGGCGAUGAUGGAUGUGGGUAAUGCACGACCAAAUCGUAAUCACUUGCGUUUUGAGGUGGCAUUUCUAAACGUCUACUAUGAGGAUUCAGUGACAGUUACCAACAAAGGGUCAAAGUUGGAGUAUGUGAAGAUCUUAACUAUAUUUAACGCCAUCGAUUUCUCGAACAACAAUUUCAAAGGAGAGAUACAAGACACAGUUGGGGAUCUGAAAUCCCUCAAUGUUCUCAACCUAUCACACAAUUCCCUCACUGGUUUAAUCCCAUCAUCAGUUGGAAACUUAACACAGCUUGAAUCACUUGACCUCUCGUGGAACAAGCUCGGCGGAAGCAUCCCAGUGACACUUGCACGCCUGACAUUUCUUGCAUUCCUGAACUUAUCGUACAAUCAACUCAUCGGAAUGAUCCCAACUGGCUCCCAACUUCAACUAUUUCCAAAUACUUCGUUCAUAGGAAACAAAGGGUUAUGGGGAGCUCCUUUGACCCCUUGUUGCAAGGAAGUAGAACCAACGACUCCAACAAUGGAUCGUAGGCAGUCAAAUACGGAUGAGGAUGGGAUUAACUGGGUCUACAUAACCGCUACGUUGGGGUAUAUUGUGGGAUUUGGAGUUAUUGUUGUGCCACUUUUGUAUUCGAAAAGAUGGAGACAAUGCUAUUACAAACCCCUCGAUAGAGUUAUUGUGAGGAUUCUCCAUCACCAAGACCAGCUAGCAAGGAAUCAAAGAAGAAGAAACAACAUAAAGCAGCUUCAGAGACACCAGCACCACUGAAGGGCAAUCACGUGGCGGGGACAAGAUUUUAGCAUUGGGGCACUAAGUUGGCUAUCCCUGUUUUAUGUCAUUUAGUAAUUUCAAUUACUUGAACUGCAAGCGUGUUAUAAUAUAUGAUGUAAAUGAUCUCUUCUAUCGACUAAUAAAAGAAUAAAUAAAUAAAUAACUGUGAGCAUGUUAUAAUAUGGCAUGGCACGUUACUUGUCUAUUUUCCAUUUUUCUAGUUGGGCUUAGCAAAUCCGAUGAUUUGUAAUAAAUUGAGCUUGU